AUGAGUGAACCCAAAGUUUCUUCAGUACAAUCUCGUAUGUUCCAAGCAAAAGCCUCUAGAAAACUAAGCUUUGAGAAAAUUGGGCAAGAAUUAGGAGUGGACGAAGUGUAUGCAGCAGCUAUAUUCUACGGACAGGCCAAGCCCACUGAGGACCAAAUCAAGAAAUUAACAGCCUUAUUGAACAUCCCCACACAACAUUUGGUUGAAGAGAUGGGAGAGCACUACUUUCCAUCCAGAGGAGGAUUAAUGUCAAUGCCGCCAGAGGAUCCAACUCUUUACAGAUUUGUUGAAAUGAUUAAGGUGUACGGUUACCCAUUGAAGGCUAUUAUUCAUGAAAAGUUUGGCGAUGGUAUUAUGUCAGCCAUUGAUUUCAAAGCACAUGUUGAGAAGGUGGAGGAUCCAAAAGGAGAUCGUGUUAAAAUCACUUUGGACGGAAAAUUCUUGCCAUUUAAUAAAGGAUGGUAG